UUUUAUGUUGGCAACAUUUAUUUGUUUGCUCAAUAACGCCUGAAAGCUCCAAAGAAAUUUAAUCUGUCACAAUUCGAAAUUAUACAUGAUAAGAUUUAUAAAAACAACUUAAUAUUUUGUUAGAAACUAACAUAUAAAAAAACUUAUAAAGAAUGGGAGAUGAAGCGAAAGAAGGUGAAGUUAAAAAGGUCGUUCAUACAUACCCUUUAGUAAGGUAUUGUGAUAUGUCCGAAGAAGCUAAACAAGAAAUUGUGGAAUUAGUUGUUACAGCAUGUGAAAAAUUUGCGGAUAACAAUGAAGCAGCAGCAAAAAUGGUAAAAGAACAAAUGGAUAAAAAACUCGGUCCCCCUUUUAAUGUGGUAAUAGGAGAAGGAUUCGGUUUUGAAAUCAGUUAUGAAGCUAAAAAUUUAUUGUACAUGUUUUUUGGAGGAAAUUUAGCAGUGGUUAUAUGGAAAUGUUAAACAAAAUUUAAACAAGAGUCAAAAAUAAUAAAAAACGUGUAUGGAGUGAAAUAUAUUUUUAAUA